GCAAAAGAAGAAGCUAAAAAGGCAAAGGAGGAAGCAAGAAAGGUAAGAGAACAAGCUAAAAAGGCAAAAGGAGAAGCUAAAAAGGCAAAGGGAGAAGCUAAAAAGGCAGAAAAAGAAGCUAAGAAAGCAAAAGGAGAAGCCGAAAAGUUAGAGCAAGCUGAAAAGGCAGAAGAACAAGCUAAGAAGGCAGAAGAGGAAGCUAAGAAGGUAGAAGAACAAGCAAAGAGGGAAGAAGAAAAAGCUAAGAAGGCAGAAGAGGAAUAUAAAAAGGCAGAAAAAGAAGCUAAAAAGGCAAAAGAAGAAGCUAAGAAAGCAGAAGCAAAUGCUAAAAAGGCAAAAGAAGGAGCUGAAAGGGCAAAGGGACAAGCUAAAUGGGCAGAAGGAAAUGCUAAAAAGGCGAAAGAAGAAGCUAAGAGGGCAGAAGAAAAAGCUAAAAAAGCAAAAGAAGAAAUCAAAAAGUUAGAGGAAGAUAAAGAAGAAGAAGAGGAAGCCAAAAAGUUAGAGGAAGACAAAACGUUAGAGGAAGCUAAGAAGUUAGAAGAAGCUAACAAGUUAGAGGAAGACACAACGUUAGAGGAAGCUAAGAAGUUAGAAGAAGCUAAGAAGUUAGAAGAAGCUAAGAAGUUAGAGGAAGCCAAAAAGUUAGAGGAAGCCAAAAAGUUAGAGGAAGCCAAAAAGUUAGAGGAAGCUAAGAAGUUAGACGAAGCUAAAAAAGCAGAGGAAGAAGCCAAAAAAGCAGAAGAACAAGCUAAGAAGGUAGAGGAAAAAGCCAAAAAAGCAGAAGAACAAGCUAAGAAAGCAGAAGAGAAAGCCAAGAAGGCAGGACAGAAAGCCAAGAAGGCAGAAGAACAAGCUAAAAAAGCAGAAGAAGAAGCUAGAAAGGCAAAAGAAGAAGCUAAGAAGGCAGAAGAAGAAGCUAAAAAGGCAAAAGAAGAAAUCAAAAAAGCAGAAGAACAAGCUAAGAAGGCAGAAGAAAAGGCUAAAAAGGCAAAAGAAGAAAUCAAAAAAGCAGAAGAAGAAGCUGAAAAGGCAGAGGAAGAAGCUAAAAAGGCAAAAGAAGAAGCCAAAAAGCCAGAAGAAGAAGCUACAAAGGCAAAAGAAGAAGCUAAAAAGGCAAAGGAGGAAGCAAGAAAGGUAAGAGAACAAGCUAAAAAGGCAAAAGGAGAAGCUAAAAAGGCAAUGGGAGAAGCUAAAAAGGCAGAAAAAGAAGCUAAGAAAGCAAAAGAAGAAGCCGAAAAGUUAGAGCAAGCUAGAAAGACAGAAAAACAGGCUAGAAGAAGUCUAAAUUUUAGAAUGAGUACCGAGUCUAUAAACAGUCAAGGUGGCAAUCCAACCGAUGAUUCCAAAGCAGCUUCUGACCCAUAA